AUGGCUGAGCAACCUCAGGCAAGCGCAGUAGUGAGAACCGACAAGUGUUUCAUACGCCCCUAUGCCAGGUCCGACGCCGAAGCCCUGUCUGCCGCGGCUAAUCAUGAGGACAUAAGUCGCUACAUGACCAAUAGGUUCCCGCACCCCUAUACGCUCGACAGCGCAAACUUCUGGAUCAACCAUUCGUUGGAGCACAAGCCUCACGUCAACUUUGCCAUCUGCCUGCCCGACGGCACUUUUGCCGGCGGUAUUGGCCUGGUUCCUGGAAGUGACAUCGAGUACCGCACGUGGGAGCUUGGCUACUGGGUCGCAAUGGACCAUUGGGGCAAGGGCCUGGCGACGAGCGCCGUUUCCGCCUUCUGCAAAUGGGCGUUUACCGCGUUUUCGGAUCUGCACCGGCUGGACGGCCGCGUUGUUGAAGGCAACGAGGGGAGCAUGAAGGUCCUGGAGAAGGCUGGCUUUGUCAAGGAAGGAGUCAGGCGCAAGGCUGUGUACAAACAUGGCAUGGCAUUGGAUCACGUCAUGUUUGGCUUGCUAAGACAAGACAUUAAGGAUUGA